AUGGCUUCAGUACAAGACCGCAAGCCCCCCAGCGCCGGCACCAAGGUGUCCCCCGGCCAAGACGCUCCCGUUACCCGUGAGGGAGCAGGAUUCGUAGCUCCCGAGUCGCUUGCCGCAGCGUCCUACAGAGAGGAUGGAGACUUCGGUGCGAACCGCAGUCCCAAGCCUGACCAAGGCUCUUCACAAUCUGGAAUGGAGUCAUCGAACUACACCACCAGCUCCGGCGCCAAAUUGGGCAGUGCGGCGCAAAAGUCGAGUUCCAAGGGCGGCACGGCGCCCGGCUACGUCGCUAACCAACACCACUCCAACAACGGUCCUCAUGGCAAGAAGUCGACGGAAGGGGGCUUCGAAGACUCCAGGCUGAAAGACGGUCUCCAGAUGGCGCUCAACUCGGAGCCGGGGUCCACCAACGAUCCUAGUAGACUUGCCGAGGCGCAAUUCAUGCAAGGCGAAGCGGCACAGCCCGGCGUGACUGGCCACAGAGAGGGCAGCCUCAACACCAAAACGGCUUAUGAAAACUUGGAUCGGGAGACUUCGUCGUAG